AUGGAUUCAUCUGAAAUGACAGCAACGCAGACACAAGCACCAAUUUCAGGCCAGGAACAAGGAAGACCUGUUUCUCACAGCCACACGCAUCUCCACCACAAGGAGCACAGUAAUGGGGGUAGGAAUGUGGCGAAUCACGAGCACGUGAGCCAGAUUGAAGGGCAACCAAAAGGGAGAUUUUCGUGGAUGAAGAAGUUGAUGAACAACAACCGGGGUGGGGAGGAGAAAAGGCACGACUCGGCCCACCGGUCAUUUUCUAGAAGGUUCAGUGCCUCCGGAAGGCACGAGGAGGGCACACUGCACGCGAAGGGUGCCGAUGGGGGAAAAACAACGAGCACAAAUCGCACGGGGGCCGGCUACCCGUUGGCGGACAGCCGGAGCGCGGUGAGCGGGUUAAGUAAGGAGGAGUGCAGGUCGAAUUUCACGGGCGACGACAAGUUGUCGGUGGCGGCAUCGGUGAAAUCGAUAAAAUCAGGAAGAACGGCCAACAUCGGUGCACGGAUGAGCGAGAUCAGCAGCCUGAUGAGUAACAGCGAGCCCUCGGGCUUCUCCGAUACCUUCAGCAACAAGCCGUUGUACUCAGUUCAGCCGUCAGAGCUCGAUGUGGACCGUGUUGGGUCUUUUGAGGACGAUAAUUAUGACCGAGUGUCCGAUUAUCGGAGUUUCGGCCCCGCUUCCAGCGAGUACACGGCCGAGUCGGUCGUCCAGCAGCAGUCCGCUGCGAAUUCGGACUCGUUGAAGGCGCCAGCCGUGCCCAGGAAGUUUGCCCAGGAUGCUGCUUCAAUGGUGACACUCGCAAGCUCAAUUAAGAGCCGGCGCCGGCGCAGGAGCAUCGACACAAAUGCUUCAACAACGGCAAUAGCGCCCGCCAGCAUUUUGGAGCGCAUCGCGGGCAGCACUUCGCCCGCAGCUGGGUCGCUUAAUGGGCGCAGCAUGAGCGGUGCGGGGAGUAUAGGUGGGAAUUUGAGCGCGAACGGCGCUGAGCAGGAGUCGCAUUCGUCGGUGAGCAUAAAAUCGUGA